AUGAACGCAGAUGAGUUUGGGAAGAGGCAAGAAUGCAUGCAGUGCCUGGCCAGGAUCCUCAAUGGAAUUAUAAUUCUGGUAGCUGGAGUAAUCCAGGGAAUCGAGCUCCUGCCAAUUUCAGUUGUUGAUAUGAUCGCUGCCCAAUGUAAGAGGGCAGUUCAGAUUGUGCCACUCUUGGUCGCUGUGGUGCUGGUUCUGAAGACAUUCCCAAUUCUGCCCAUCCCAGGGUUGGCUGACAAAGUCUUCCCUGGGCAAAAGACACUUGUCACCAUGGUGGAUAAGCUGGUGACUGAGCACAAGAGGACCUGGGACCCUGAUCAGCCACCUCGAGACCUGACUGAUGCCUUUCUGGCUGAGAUAGAGAAGGCAAAGUGGAACCCUGAGAGUAGCUUCAAUGAUGCAAAUCUAUGUCUGGUUGUCCUUGACCUGUUUGGUGCUGGGAUCAUGACCACUUCAAUCACUCUGACCAGGGCUCUGCUACUCAUGAUCCUGCAUUCAGGUGUGCAGUAUGAAGUACAUCAGGAAAUUGAUGAGGUCAUAGGGCAGGUCCGGCAUCCAGAGAUGGAAGACCAGGCCCUCGUGCCCUACACCAGUGCUGUCAUUCAUGAGGUUCAGCGAUUUGCAGACACUGCUCCAAUGACUUUGCUACAUACAACAUCUCCUGACAUUGAAGUGCAGGGCUUCCUUAUCUCCAAGGGGCUCACUUACCUGUGGCAGGAAAAUCAGGCCUGA